AAAGUCAUAGAAAAUAACAAGAGCCCAAAAUCUCAGAAAGUAACAGGUUUGAGCAUUUCCCAUGGCCUUGGGAGCUAUGGCGGCAAGGAUGUUGCAGAGGCGAUUCAUCUCAAUCUUCCUGAGACAAACCUAUCACCCCAUUAUUCAAGAAUCUUCUUCGUAUUAUCCUCCUAUUGGUGCAAUAUUGAACAGACUUGGAUUCCAUCAAAGGGGGGUCGCAACAACCACAAAUCCAAUCAAACCUGUGUGUGAAGAUGUAGAAAAUAGAGAAACUGACACCUUAAAACUAAGUUCAAACCCUGAUAAUGUUACUACAUCCAUUAGUGUUAAUGAUACCUCAGUACAGUUUUCUGCCAAGUCAAGUUUGAAGACAUCUUCAAGGCAUGAUCUCGCCAUGAUUUUCACCUGCAGAGUGUGUGAAACGAGAUCCAUUAAGACAGUUUGUCGUGAGUCUUACGAGAAAGGUGUAGUGGUGGCAAGAUGUGGGGGCUGUAAUAAUCUUCACCUGAUUGCAGAUCACCUUGGGUGGUUUGGUGAACCAGGAAGCGUUGAAGACUUCUUGGCUUCUCGUGGAGAAGAAGUGAAAAGAGGUUCAACUGACACACUGAAUCUUACGUUGGAAGAUUUAGCUGGAAGACAACCUUGAAAGCCACACCCUCACCUAGUAUGUGUUCUGCAAUAGGGUGUCAGAAUGUUUGGAAGUGCAAGUCAGUGUAACGAUAGUUGAUAAGAGCAAUCUUACUAAGACACUCUUUUGAGCAAAAUAUAAUUUUUAUUCGUCAAAAUUUCUUAUUACUAAA